UUUUAUUUGAUAUGAUGUAAUUUCACCCACAGACGGUCUUCCUCAGGUAAAGACGUGAAAACACACCUGUAUUUGUGUGAUGAACAGUUCCCAGCACAGACCCCACAGCUCAGGUGUGAACCCAACACAUCCAGGUCUGUCCAGUCACAUGAAGAUGAUCAGGGUGCUCAGGUGGCCAAAUCAGCCUCUUAUCUUCCCGAAUACGUCAAAUAUCAGACGUCUCGUUUAGGCUCCAACCAACCAAUUUACUCAAAAGCGUCACUUCAGUACAUGCAACAGAGUAACUGCAGAUUACUAACAAUACCUUUAUUUAAAUUAGAAAACAAACAGAGUCCUCGAACUUUAUGGAAGUACAAAAUCACUUAAUUAUCACUUUGAAUUUGACAUGAACAGCAUUGUGGUCUUUGGAAACACAAACAAUGAGAACAAAAGCUGAUACCAACAAAAGCCUCUUCCUCCCUCCAUCAUCGCUCCGUCACAGAGCUCUUCAGCAUCUUCCUCCUUCCAUCAUCGCUCCGUCACAGAGCUCUUCAGCAUCUUCCUCCCUCCAUCAUCGCUCCGUCACAGAGCUCUUCAGCAUCUUCCUCCUUCCAUCAUCGCUCCGUCACAGAGCUCUUCAGCAUCUUCCUCCUUCCAUCAUCGCUCCGUCACAGAGCUCUUCAGCAUCUUCCUCCUUCCAUCAUCGCUCCGUCACAGAGAUCUUAAGCAUCUUCCUCCUUCCAUCAUCGCUCCGUCACAGAGCUCUUCAGCAUCUUCCUCCCUCCAUCAUCGCUCCGUCACAGAGCUCUUCAGCAUCUUCCUCCCUCCUUCAUCGCUCCGUCACAGAGCUCUUCAGCAUCUUCCUCUAUCCAUCAUCGCUCCGUCACAGAGCUCUUCAGCAUCUUCCUCCUUCCAUCAUCGCUCCGUCACAGAGCUCUUCAGCAUCUUCCUCCCUCCAUCAUCGCUCCGUCACAGAGCUCUUCAGCAUCUUCCUCCUUCCAUCAUCGCUCCGUCACAGAGCUCUUCAGCAUCUUCCUCCUUCCAUCAUCGCUCCGUCACAGAGCUCUUCAGCAUCUUCCUCCUUCCAUCAUCGCUCCGUCACAGAGAUCUUAAGCAUCUUCCUCCUUCCAUCAUCGCUCCGUCACAGAGCUCUUCAGCAUCUUCCUCCCUCCAUCAUCGCUCCGUCACAGAGCUCUUCAGCAUCUUCCUCCCUCCUUCAUCGCUCCGUCACAGAGCUCUUCAGCAUCUUCCUCUAUCCAUCAUCGCUACGUCACAGAGCUCUUCAGCAUCUUCCUCCCUCCUUCAUCGCUCCGUCACAGAGCUCUUCAGCAUCUUCCUCCCUCCUUCAUCGCUCCGUCACAGAGCUCUUCAGCAUCUUCCUCCCUCCUUCAUCGCUCCGUCACAGAGCUCUUCAGCAUCUUCCUCCCUCCUCCUUCAUCGCUCCGUCACAGAGCUCUUCAGCAUCUUCCUCCCUCCUUCAUCGCUCCGUCACAGAGCUCUUCAGCUGAACAUCUUUCCCCGUCGCUCCAUUCAGAAGGAAACAGUUUGCAGAACUAAACUGUUAUUAACUUUUUACUUAAGAAGUAUAUUUUUUUAAAAGCAGGACACAGUCAGGAACGUUAGAAAUCUUUUUUCAUUUCGUCAUAUUUAAAUACAGUAAUACAGUCUGCUGCCUUCAGUGAACAGCUUCUUCUUACAGUAUAAUGAAAUAAAUUAAGCGGAAUGAUUGAAUCUUCUCCCUCACGUCGUCCUGUACAAAACACAACUAUUCUCUUUCCAUCGUCUUCCCCAGAAUUCCCCAAAUAUUUCCACUUUCCCCCUCCAGUUUGUGACCACGAUCUCUGCAGGAAGCCCGAGCAGAGAGCAGAUGUCUUCACACAGGUUGGUCUGAUUAUGUCAAACCCUGGAGGGAUUACACACCAACUCCACAACUGUCAGCCAUCACACGUGGUUUUCAGGAACAGAAGGCUGAAAAGACGUGAAAUGAAUGAGUGAAUUUCAUCCGCAGGAGAAACGGACUCAAGACUUUUUAAAAUAUGUUUGAUGCCCAAUGGCGUGGCUGUGCACGUGUGUUUGAUUCCCCAUCAUGGGAACUGGAUGUCAAAGAACACAGACUCAUACAUUACAGGCUGUGAUAACCGCGGCCAAUCCUGCACGUCCUCACCAGAAAACGGCCGUAGGGUCGACUGUGAAAGCAGCUUAUAACGACCCAUAUUUACGCUUAUUGUUAGUCCUCGAGUGGCCGCAGUAAUUAUGACAGGAGCACAGGAGGAAGUCGGGUGACGUAGUAUAAAGAGCGACAAAAGUGUAUGCUAGGAGGUGUUCGGGGGUGGUGGAUGGGUCAAACGAACAAAGGAGAUCGGGGAUUGUGUCCCGUGUGGAACAACGUCAACGUGGACUUAUUCAGAGUUAAAUAACGUUACGUAGGUGACCACAGUCUUUUCUAAACCUAAACAAGUAGUUUUGUUAGCUAAACCUAAACAAACUGCGACCGUUUCACAACAUUAAUCCCGUGUUUGACGUCAGGUGACUGAAGCGGUACGCCCGUCGCUGGUACUUUCCAACGGUCGCAUUCUGGGGAACGGUCGUCACUGCCAAUCGACCUAUUCUGUCGUUUAGGUCUGAGGAUGUGUCGGGCCAAUCACAUUCAGUACUUGCGUGCCAUAUAAACACAAGGCUCUCGGCCUGAUGACGCACUGACAGUUUGGGCCUGUCUGAAAACAUGAAGCGCGUUCCUGCAGUUCCACAUUCUCAGAGCAGCGCUCACCUGCAGGAGAAAGGAGCCCGACGCAGACUGCCAGCAGUUCAGGAUCAGCUGAACCGGGAUUGGUUCGUGAUGUGAAUGCAUCAGAAAGUAGAAUUUGAAGUGCUUCUGCUGUUUCUCUCAUCAGGAGCGACAGAGUCGGCUGCAUUUUAUUUCAUGGUGUGAUUGUUGCUGCACGUGGACUCCUGGCAGACUCCCUGAGGCUAUUUGACUCUUGAAUGGUAAAAACCUCGGGCCCUUUAAGGUACAUCCUGGUUUGGGUUUGUGGUGCAUUUUUCAUAUUUUACUAUGUUUAGGUUAUUUGACUUCUGAAUUGCAGGUAUUUUGCACGUCAGGGUAUAUUGUUUGUAGCUUUCUGUAUUUCUGGCACUUUAUUUUAAUGUGAUGGUUUUAUUUUCAGUAUGUUCUAACAGCUUCUGCUGUAAUGGCAAUGAAGUUAACUCUAACUCUCUACAUGGACUCAGUGAACAGUUUCUGUGCAGGAUUUUGUGGGAUGACAGGUUGACAGAGUUGGUGUGUAAACUCCUUUAGUUUGGUUUGAGGGAGGAUUUUUGCUACAUUUCCAAACAAACCCUGCAGAGUCAUAAGGGGGGAGGAUGUGAUCUAAGAUUACACCCCCAAUGUCUGCACAGACUAGGCAACGACUCUGCUCUUAUUUUCUUGAUAAAUGAAAUGAGGUUUGGCAUGAAACAGACUUGAUAACCAAACGUGUAAAUGCUCUAAAGGAUCACCUUUGGUAUAAGUUUUACUUUACUUUUACUUUGCUUUCUAAUUGGGGUUGCUGCUGGCUGUUUCAUGCUCCAGAUGUACCGACAACAAGAAAACCAAGGACUGUGAUUCAGUUCAGAGCAGAGAGACUCAGGUUUGGAGAAACUCCUUAAUGAACAAAGGGUCUUCAGGUCUGGUUCUGUCUUUGAGGUGUUGGGUCCUGUUGCAGUUCACUGUGAUGAAUAUCUGCAGUGAGGCGAAGAUUUCACCUCCACCCAACAUCAGGAAGACCUUCCUGAGGUCUGAACGUCCGUCUGUUCCACAGUUUCCAGUGAGUGAACGCCAUCGCCCGACACGCUGCUGUAUAUCCAACAUGAUUUGGGACGGACGAACGCACACACACACGUAGAUUAAAGGUCUGCGGCGUCGCCAGUGUGUUU